AUGAAUGCUGAAAUUACUAAGCUUAUUGGAACAGAUGAUUUGACUAUUAUUGAAUUUUUGAAAGAUAUCAGAGAAAAGACGAGAAAUUUAGCUGAUUUCAAGGGCCAAGUAUUGAGUCUCGAGGUUGGCUUUGACGAGGACACUAUAAACAGAUUAUAUGAUCUUUUAUCAGGCGAUCAUGAUAGUCCAUUCAAUAUACUAGAUUUUUUAAAGAAUGUUUUGCAGAUUACCAAUAGUGAGGAUGUCAAAAUUAUAAGUGAUUUUAUUAUUGACCUCUUGAGCACCACAACAUCUUGGAAUGAUUUCAGGGACAAGAUGGUUGGGAUAGAUAGUGGAAUCCCCGAAGCAGCUUUAUUAGAGCUUUAUUCCCAAAUGAAAGGUGAUAUAAAAACGGAGGAGACAGUGGCUGAGGUAAUAGUAAAAAUGGAAGAGAAUGAGGCCCAUGGUCUAUCACUGCCGAAUGAAAAUAUUGAAUGGAGUAAGCUGGAUGACCCGAGUGAUGUUCUACCGAAGCUUCCAAUGAGGCAGCUGGAUCACUCUCCUCAAAUGAAUAAAGUGUAUAAAGGAAGAAUAAAAAGAGUGAUGACAUUUGGUUGUUUCGUAGAAAUCUUUGGAACAGAACUGAAAAAAUGCGAUGGUUUAAUGCAUAUUUCGGAGAUGUCAAAAAGAAGAAUAAGUGAUCCAUACGAUAUUGUUGUUGAGGAUCAGGAUGUUUAUGUGAAAGUUAUAAAACUACACCCUAACGGCAAAAUUUCACUAAGUAUGAAAAAUGUCGAUCAAAUAACGGGUAAAGAUAAUAACCUUGAAAUAAUGUCUGAAAUAAAUGGUAGGCAAGGUCGACAGAAACAGGCUAAUUCAAAACUCAUAAGGAAUAGAAGAUUAACGUCACCAGAAAGAUGGGAAAUCAGACAGUUAAUAUCAAGCGGAGCUGCUUCCAUUGAGGACUAUCCAGAGUUAACAGAAGAAACAGAACAAAAGAAAGAUAAUGUGGAUAAUAAUGAGACGGAGAAUUUAGAUGUAGAGCUAAAUAAGGAUGAUGCACCAAGGUUUUUGGGAGGCGAAAUGAACGAACUCUCUGACCAAUAUGAGGCUCAAAAGGUUUCUAAAGUUCCAAAAGGCUCCAUGAAUAGAUCUGCUAUGUAUGGCUCGAACUUACUAAGGGAGCACAGAGAAAAUAAAAUGAAAAAGAGGAAAGAUAUAGAGAAUGAGAUCAGGAAAAAGAGAAAUCUUGAAGAUCCCACAGUCAAUAAGGAUAAGAGCAGAGAAGAAAUUGAAUUCUUAAAAACUCAGCUAGUGGUUACUGCGUGGGAGAGAAAAAGGAUGAAGGAAAAAGUAUCAUUUGGCAAAAGGACCAAUUUACCCAUGAUGGAGCAGAGGAGAUCCCUGCCAAUUUAUCAAAUGAGAUCUGAAUUAGUCAAAGCUGUGAAAGAAAACCAAUUUCUUGUUAUUGUUGGUGAAACGGGCUCUGGUAAGACGACUCAAAUAACACAAUAUUUAGACGAAGAAGGAUUAAGCGGCAAGGGUAUUAUUGGUUGUACACAACCGCGAAGGGUUGCCGCCGUAUCUGUUGCAAAAAGAGUCGCUGAUGAGAUGGGUGUCAAAGUUGGUAGCGACGUAGGUUAUACUAUUCGUUUUGAGGAUCAAACUUCACCAAAAACAAGAAUAAAGUAUAUGACAGAUGGUAUGUUACAGAGGGAGGCAUUAUUGGAUCCUAUGAUGUCGAAAUACUCUGUAAUUAUGUUGGAUGAGGCACACGAACGUACAAUUGCUACGGAUGUUCUUUUCGCUCUCUUAAAAGAAGCAGGAAAGAAGAGACCUGAUCUGAAAGUCAUUAUAACCUCCGCUACACUCGAUUCUGCAAAAUUUUCUAAGUAUUUUUUAGACUGCCCUAUCAUUAAUAUACCAGGUAAGACAUUUCCCGUUGAAGUGAUGUACUCAACAACUCCAACUAUGGAUUAUAUUGAAGCAGCAUUAGAUUGCGUUAUGAAUAUUCAUAUUAAUAAUGAUCCUGGUGAUAUACUGGUGUUUUUAACAGGUCAAGAAGAGAUCGAUUCAUGUUGCGAGAUCUUGUUUGAAAGGGUUAAAACAUUGGGCGAUACAAUUGGCAACCUACUGAUAUUACCUAUCUAUUCCGCAUUACCAAGUGAGAUUCAAUCAAAAAUUUUUGAGCCCACCCCAAAGGAUACUCGGAAAGUAGUGUUAGCUACAAAUAUUGCCGAAACAUCCGUUACAAUUGAUGGAAUAUACUAUGUUGUAGAUCCUGGAUUUUCCAAGGUGAAUAGUUACAAUUCGAGAGCAGGAAUGGAGCAAUUAGUCGUUACAUCAAUAUCUCAAGCACAAGCAAACCAGAGAAAAGGUAGAGCAGGUAGAACUGGCCCCGGAAAGUGCUAUAGGCUUUACACUGAAUCUGCAUUCUAUAACGAAAUGUCACGAAAUAGUGUACCUGAGAUCCAGAGGCAGAAUUUAUCCCACACGAUUUUAAUGUUAAAAGCUAUGGGCAUAAAUGACUUGAUAAAUUUUGAAUUUAUGGAUCCACCUCCGAAGUCCCUGAUGGUAUCUGCAUUAAAUGAUCUCUACAAUUUGGAGGCCUUAGAUAAUGAUGGAUAUUUAACGAAGCUAGGCCAAAGAAUGUCUCAAUUUCCUAUGGAUCCCACAUUGGCGAAAACAUUAGUAGCAUCGGUUUCGAACGAAUGUUCAGAGGAGAUUACGAUAAUAGUAUCAAUGUUGUCAGUUCAAAACGUGUUUUACAGACCAAAAGGCAAGCAACAGGAAGCAGAUUUGAAGAAGGUAAAUUUUCAUCAUCCGUAUGGCGACCAUUUAACGCUCCUAAAUGUAUUCAAGGCUUGGGAACGAAACAAUUACUCUGAAAGGUUCUGUGAAUUGAAUUUUUUACACUAUAGACAUUUAAAAAAGGCAAAUGAUGUAAGAAAACAAAUAAGUCAAUUAUUGCAGAAAUUCGGGUUACCUGUUACAAGCUGCCACGGAGACCCUGAUGUAAUAAGAAAAACAUUAGUAAGUGGUUUCUUCAUGAAUGCAUCGAAAAGAGACUCACAAGUUGGCUAUAGGACCAUAAGAGGAAAUAAUGUUGUUGGUAUUCAUCCUUCAAGCUCAUUGCACGGUAAAGAAUUCGAAUAUGUGAUAUAUCACAGUUUGGUACUUACUGCGAAGGAAUAUAUGUCACAAGUGACUUCUAUUGAACCGGGCUGGUUAAUAGAGAUGGCACCACAUUUCUAUAAGGAGAUUGGUUCAGAUAGUCAAUCACGCAAGAGACUCAAGAUUCAACCUCUUUACAAUAAAUUUUCGAAAGAUCAAAAUUCAUGGAGGUUGAGUUCAAUAAGACAAACAAGAGAAAAAGCGCUUGGUGUCAAAAGAUAA